AUGAAUUAAAACUCAAUAAAGGUUGAUAAUUUUUGUUAUGCUUUUGCAUUUAAUAAAGAUUAAUCUAUUGUUUUAGCUGGAUGUAGAAAGGAUAUUAAAGUAUUUGAAAAUCGUGAAGGAAAAUUGAAUCAAGUUUAAUUGUUGAGUAAGCAUACAGAUGAUGUGAACGCUUUAAAUUUUAUGAAAAAGACAAAUAAUCUUGUAUCUGGUAGUUCAGACAAAUCAAUUAUAAUAUGGUAGGUGAUUGGAAAUAAUUAAUGGAAUUGUUAAUAAAUAUUAAAUGGACAUUCAAAUUGGAUAUUUUGUUUAUUGUUAAAUAAUACUGAUGAUUUAAUAAUAUCAGGUAGUGGAGAUAAUACAAUCAAAUUUUGGAUGAAAGAGAAUUAAUGGAUAUGUUAAUAAACCAUAACUGAUCAUACUCAUUCGGUAUAUUCAUUAAGUUUAAAUGAAUAAUAAAAUAAAUUGAUAUCUUGUUCAAGGGAUUCAUAAAUAUUAAUAAUAGAAUAGUCUAAUUUGGAUAAAUAAUGGAGUGUUACAUAAAAGAUAAACGUUGAUUAAUAUGGAUUACGAUUAUGUUUUAUUAAUGAUAACUUAUUUACAUUCUAACCAAGAUGUAAAGAUUAAAUGAAUAUAUAUGAGAUAGAUACUGAUAAGAAAUAAGAUUACAAAAUUAAAGAAAUUGCAGUAAAGAGUGAUUCAAUUGGUUGUCAUUUUUUAUUUCCAUAAUAAUACAUAAAGUCAAAAUGCCUACUUGUGAAUAAGAAUGGCAAGAAUGUAAAUUUAAUGAGAAUAAAAAAAAUGGUGACUUUAUUAUUUCAUAAUCUAUUUAAUUUGAUAGUAAUGAAAUUUAUGGACAAUUAAGUGAUGAUGGAGAGUAUUUGA